AUUCCUGUGUUUAAUUACAGAAUCUUUUGGCUGAAAAAGUAGAACAGCUGAUGGAAUGGAGUUCUAGGCGUUCAAUCUUCCGAAUGAAUGGUGAUAAAUUCCGAAAAUUUAUAAAGGCACCACCUCGAAACUAUUCUAUGAUUGUUAUGUUCACUGCUCUACAGCCUCAGCGACAGUGUUCUGUUUGCAGGCAAGCUAAUGAAGAAUACCAAAUAUUGGCUAACUCCUGGCGUUAUUCAUCUGCUUUUUGUAACAAACUGUUUUUCAGUAUGGUGGACUAUGAUGAAGGAACAGAUGUUUUUCAACAGCUCAACAUGAACUCUGCUCCUACAUUUAUGCAUUUUCCUCCAAAAGGCAGACCCAAGAGAGCUGAUACUUUUGACCUUCAAAGAAUUGGAUUUGCAGCUGAACAGCUAGCAAAGUGGAUUGCUGACAGAACAGACGUUCAUAUUCGUGUUUUCAGACCACCGAACUACUCUGGUACCAUUGCUUUGGCCCUAUUAGUGUCACUUGUUGGUGGUUUGCUCUAUUUAAGAAGGAACAACUUGGAGUUCAUCUAUAAUAAAACUGGUUGGGCCAUGGUAUCUUUGUGUAUAGUCUUUGCUAUGACAUCUGGCCAAAUGUGGAAUCAUAUUCGUGGACCUCCAUAUGCUCAUAAGAACCCACACAAUGGACAAGUGAGCUACAUUCAUGGGAGCAGCCAGGCUCAAUUCGUGGCAGAGUCGCACAUUAUUCUGGUACUGAAUGCUGCUAUCACCAUGGGAAUGGUUCUUCUAAAUGAAGCAGCAACUUCCAAAGGAGAUGUUGGAAAAAGACGGAUAAUUUGCCUAGUGGGAUUAGGCCUGGUGGUCUUCUUCUUCAGUUUUCUACUUUCAAUAUUUCGUUCCAAGUACCACGGCUAUCCUUAUAGUGAUCUGGACUUUGAGUGAGAAGAUCUGAUUUGGACCAUGGCACUUAAAAACUAUAAUCCCAGUAUAUUUGCUGCUUCUGUUCUUGCUGCUCCUUCCUGAAGAUGUAACCUGUGUAUGGGACCAUUUACCUUCAGCCUGAAGAAUUUCCUCUAGUGUUACGAGCCUUCUGUGAGAAAUUCACUCAGCUUUUAUUUUGCUUUAGUUCUGAAGAAUAUUUUGCUGACUAUAGAAAUCUGAUAAAUUUUUUUUUGCUGACUAUAGAAAUCUGAUAUUUUUUCUGACUAUUUAAAUCUGAUUUGAUAGUUUUUUUUUUCAAGUACACUAAAAAUAUCACCCUGUUGUUUUUGGCUUUCAUUGUUUUUAAUGAGCCUCAAGAAGUCAACUUUUAUUCUUCAUAUUGUUCAACUGAAUUUAGUAAUUUGACUAUUCUCUGGCUGCUUUUAAUGUUUUUUCUUCACUUUAAGAUGUUUUGUUUGAACAGGUUAACUCUGAUGUCUAUAUGCCUCGAUGUGGUUUUUGUUGUAUUUAUCCUGCUCCAAAUUCACUGAGCUUUGGGGAUUUUUGGAUACUGUAUAAUUUUUAUAAAAAAGUCAAUCAUUGCCUCUCA